AUGGUUUAUUCAAAGCCACUAAAUACUCUUGUCGUCCUCACUCUCUUAUCAUUUGCUAAGGGCUUUACACUGCUAGGCGAUUGGACUCUUAGAAGAUUAACAGCAGAUACAAUCACUGGCAUCGCCAAUCAUGAAAAUGGUGGCAAUCCUCCUAUAACAACUAUAGGUAGUUCUAUUGAUCUAGGCUCAGUAACUGGCUGCAGCUCAAUAAGCCUGAGUGGUGGUCAAACCUGGAGUUUAACAGCAGACGCAUCCAACUUAAUUGGUGUUUCAGAGUCCACAUUUGGAUUUUGGGUAAACUUUGAAUCAACUAUUAGCGAAAGAGUUUUUGAAUUCGGACCUAACGAUGACGGAUAUUAUGUUGUCUCAUCACCUAUAAAGGAUGGCAACUUAGAAGUCUUCUUCGUUGACUCCACUGGAUCAGCGAUAUCAACUAAUAGCAUUUUCUUCACUGUCCCUUUAAGUAAUUUCUAUACAGAUAAGUGAUGCUUUAUUGCUUUUCACUUUAAGGAUAACUCAGGCAUUAUCACUUUGGAGGUUCUAUUAACUGGCAUAGACCUAAUUUCCAAAACUUCUACUGAUUUUAUUAUGCCUAACGGAAAAUUCAAUUUUGGAUAUAAAAUUAAAGGAAAGUUCCAUAGGGUUAUUCUUACAAAGAGUGCCACCAUAAAUGCUUCCUUUGAUACAAUAACAUUAGAUGAUGGCUCAAAUCAGGAUGUUAUAGCAGCGCCUUGUACUCCUGGAACUUGCAUUGAUAGUAUAUGUCCUCAAAGUUUCGGCAGUCUUACAGGCAACAUAUGCUUAUCAUCAUUACAGUAUUGCACUACUUGUGAUGCCAACGGAUGCACUACUUGCGAUCCUGAUUCAGCUAGAGAUGAGGGAACUUAUUGCCAAAACUGCAAGGAUAAUGGCACUACUAAUGAACUUAAAAAUUAUCACUGUAAUUUCUAAGUAGGUUGCGCCAAAGCCAGUCAUUGUGUUGAAUGCUCGGUAAAAAGCACUCAAUGCGAUUUAUGUGUGAUUGGAUACUUCCUUUACGAUAGUCCCACUUCAAAAUCUUGUCUUUGUAAGAUUCUAUUUAGCUUGUGCUGACUCCUGCACAAAUUGCCAACCAGGUCCAGAGUGCUAUACUUGUGCUGAAACAGUAACUCAAACAGGAACUACUUGCAGAGUCGAUUCUGUUGGGCUCCGGGUCAGUGUCGAUAUUCCGAAUAUCGUAUUUGACUUCGCUUAUCCACUUUCAACUGGGCUGUCAAAAAGUUCAUUUAAAGCUACUUCAAACUCAGGUUCAGAUAUCCCAACAAGUGGAUGGACUUUCAGUGGCUGCACAACAGGCUUGAAACAAUGUAAAAUUUUGGCUCCUAAUAUUCAAGAAAGCGAUCUCCCAAUUGCUCUUGACUUCGAUUUUACUCAAGUCUAA